ACUCCUGCGGCGAAGGAGAGCGGGUUGUAAGGAGACUCGGGCUAGGGUCUCGGAGGGAGUCGGGGAGACUCUGAUUCUAUGUGGCGUCUGGGUCGCGAGCGGAGUUAGCUUAUCCUGCCGGGGGCUCCCGGGACAGGGCUGGAUUCUAGGGGUUUUGUUUUUGCUUUUCAAAGGGGAGGGGGUGUGAGGAAGGAGGAGAAUGGACAGAAUAUUGACUGGAACGUUAAUUGGGGCUUUUCAGAUGGGAAGAGCAGAAUAAUUCCAUAUUCUUCUUCCUUCAUUUGCUCCAUUAGUUAGGCUGACUUCAUUUUUGAAUUCUCAACUUUGAAAUCGGCCAGUGUGUUUGAUUCAGGGGUUGGAGUUCGAUCCCAUUUAAAUGCAUUUUAAUUAGGGCACGCAGUUCAACUGAUGUUUACGAUGGAAUUUCUGAAGACGUGUGUACUUAGAAGAAAUGCAUGUACUGCGGUUUGCUUCUGGAGAAGCCACGCCAUACAAAAACUUUUAGUUGGAAAGAUUAGUACUACCUCUUCAAGGAGCACUGUCAUGCCCGCCUGGGUGAUAGAUAAAUACGGGAAGAAUGAAGUGCUUCGAUUUACUCAGAAUAUGAUGAUACCUGUCAUACACUAUCCAAAUGAAGUUAUUAUCAAAGUUCACGCUGCAAGUGUAAAUCCAAUAGAUGUUAACAUGAGAAGUGGUUAUGGAGCUACGGCUUUAAAUAUGAAACGUGAUCCUUUACAUAUUAAAACCAAAGGAGAAGAAUUUCCCCUGACUCUGGGUCGGGAUGUGUCUGGUGUGGUGAUGGAAUGUGGACUCGAUGUGAGGUACUUCAAGCCGGGAGAUGAGGUCUGGGCUGCAGUUCCGCCCUGGAAACAAGGCACCCUGUCAGAGUUUGUUGUAGUCAGCGGGAAUGAGGUCUCUCUCAAGCCUAAAUCACUCACUCAUACUCAAGCUGCCUCUCUGCCCUAUGUGGCUCUCACAGCCUGGUCUGCCAUAAACAAGGUUGGCGGCCUGAAUGACAAGAAUUGCCCAGGAAAACGUGUUUUAAUCCUGGGUGCUUCAGGUGGAGUUGGUACUUUUGCUAUACAGGUAAUGAAAGCAUGGGGUGCUCAUGUGACAGCAGUUUGCUCUCAGGAUGCCAGUGAACUUGUAAGGAAGCUUGGGGCAGAUGAUGUAAUUGAUUACACAUCUGGAAAUGUGGAAGAGCAGUUGAAAUCUUUAAAACCGUUUGAUUUCAUUCUUGAUAAUGUUGGUGGAUCCACUGAAACAUGGGCUCUAAAUUUUCUCAAGAAAUGGUCAGGAGCCACAUAUGUGACUUUGGUGACCCCUUUUCUCCUGAACAUGGACCGACUGGGCAUCGCAGACGGCAUGCUGCAGACAGGAGUCACCGUGGGUUCUAAGGCAUUGAAGCAUUUCUGGCAAGGAGUCCAUUAUCGCUGGGCCUUUUUCAUAGCCAGUGGUGUGUAUCUAGAUGACAUUGCAAAACUGGUGGAUGAGGGAAAGAUUCAGCCAGUUAUUGAAAAAACGUUUCCUUUUUCUCAAGUUCCAGAAGCCUUCCUGAAGGUAGAAAGAGGACAUGCAAGAGGAAAGACCGUGAUUAAUGUCGUUUAAAUAAACACUGU